AUGAGAGUAUGCUUACUAUUAAUGGCCGCUUUUUUCGCCACCGCAUCGAUGAGAAUCAAUCUGAGUAUGGGAAUCACUUGCAUGGUAAACUCGACAGCGUUUGCGUCCGAAGAGUUGAAAUCAUUCUACAAAAAUGAGUCAAUCGAUCACUCGAACGAUGUCUGCAAACCGAUUGUGAACGAGAAAGUGGCGAAACAAGACGGAUAUGAGGGUACUCUUCUCUGGUCUCCGUCACGCCAAUCCCUCCUUUUCUCGGCUUCAUUCUAUGGUGGUCUUGUCACGAUGGCUUUCGCUGGAUAUCUUGCUGACAAAUAUGGGCCAAAGUUGAUUCUUUUGGCAGCAGCUCUGGAUUGUGUGGUGUUCACAAUGAUGGGCCCCUUUCUAGCCGAUCGAUCCUAUUGGUCCUUCUUUGCAUCGAGAGCUUUCAUGGGGAUUGGCAUCGGAUGCAUUCAACCGUGCAUAAACAGUAUGGCCGCUUUGUGGUUCCCUGCUUCAGAAAAGUCAACAGUUGCUGCCUUGUACACCACCGGAAAUCAGUUAGCUGCUAGUUUGACCUCAUUCUUUGUGGCCGAAUUGUGCUUGAGCUCUUUUGGAUGGCCUUCGAUUUUCUACAUCUUUGGCGGUGUUGGCCUUUUAUGGGCAUUAGUGUGGUGGAUUUUUGUGAGCAACGCACCGAAAGAUAAUCGAUGGAUGGGAGAGGCGGAGAAGAAAUUCCUGGAACACGAGAAUUCGACGAGGAAAAAUAAGGACAUGUUUAGACAAAACUCGCUCCCGUUCCGCCAUCUCUUCUGCAACUCGACGAUGCAAUCAAUCUAUUGCUGUCAAUUCGCUUUCUCACUUUGUGCAACAAUCGUGCAAUCUUUUCUACCCACAUAUUUCAAGGAGCAUCUUUAUCUGCCGAUACACUUGAAUGGUCUCUACAACAUUGUUCCAUUUAUUGCCCAAAUCAUUUCAAAGAACAUCAUGGCCGUAAUAUCGGAUUAUUUGAAAAAACGCGAUCUCGUCGAUGCAAAUGUUCUCGUGAAAUUCUUCCAAGGAUUCGGAUCAUUUGGCGUAUCAAUCACUUUGAUACUGCUGGCGACUUUACCAAGUUGUGAGAAUCCAUUCGUUGCACUUUAUCUCUUGGCAGCAUACGGUUUUUUCUUUGCCGGUGCAAUUCCCGGUUUCUUCACAGCUCUGAUGUCGGUGGCUCCUCCAUAUGCGGGAACAAUUUCCUCGUUCUCAACAAUCUACGCCACUUUAGCUAGUCUCGCCGGGCCGAUUAUCAUCUCAGUCAUUGAUGCUUUAGAUUGGCCUAAUAAAUGGAUGACGAUUUUCGGGUUUUGUUCCAUUGUGCAACUUUUUGCGGGUUUUUUCUUUGUACUAUGUGGUGAAGCCAAAGUUCAAUCCUGGGCCAAGCCAAAGGAUUCAAUCGAUCUCACCGCUGCUGCUUGC